CCCUUUCGUUUUGUGUGUUUUAUUUUUCCGUUUUCGUCAUGACCGUCGAAUAAACCCUAAUUUUUCUCUCUCUCAACACUCAUCCUUACUUCACAGAGAGGUGAAGAGCCGGAAAGUCUGUCGCCGGAAAGAGAAGAGGGAAAUUUGAGGAAUCGAGCGUUCGGAUAUAUGUCAUUCAAUCAAUCAAGGUCCGAUAAAAGCGAAGCACAGUUCAGAAAAACCGGGCGAUCCGCCAGCUCCAAUCAGCAGCAGCGGACUUCUUCAGGCGCUUACGGUAAGGGCGGUGGCGGCGUGCCCGCCCCUUCACCGUCCCCCUCAUCCUCCGCUUCUCUUUCUUCCAAUCGAAGUUUUAAGAAGUCUAACAAUGCACAAGGAGGCCAAUCUAGAGCGAAUUCAUCUGAGUCUACUAAUGCUUAUGCUGCCCGUAAUGUACAGAAUGGUGGACAUGUACGGCCCCAGUUACAAGGGGGAGGGCCUGCUGUGCCAAAACCUAUUGAAUCGCCUUCCAGUCAGAGAAGUGCCCGACCUGUUCCAAAGGGUCCUACUCCUCAAUCAACCACCGCGACUUCUGAAAAUGCUACACCUGCUGUUCCUGCAAAGGGAGAUACAUCGAAGGCGUUCCCUUUUCAGUUUGGGACUAUAACCAUGGAAGGGAUGCAGAUCCCAGCCCGAACUAGCUCAGCUCCCCCGAAUUUGGAUGAGCAGAAAAGAGAUCAGGCACGUCAUGACUCUGCUUUCAGAGCUGUGCCAAAUUUGCCAAUUCCUGUUCCUAAACAGCAGUUACCAAGAAAAGAUUCAGGUGCCACUGAUCAAUCUAAUGCUGGGGAGGCCCAUCCAGUGCCUAAGGUCAAAAAAGAUGUACAAACCCCUCCAGCAACUGCAAACCCAACUCAGAAGCCUUCUGUCCUUGCAAUGCCCAUAUCUUCUAUGCAGAUGCCACCAUAUCACCAGACUCAGGUUUCUAUGCCAUUUGGUGCCCCCAAUCCCCCAAUGCAGCCUCCUGCGACUUCACUUCAGAUGCCAAUGCAUAUCACUUUACCAAUGGGAAAUGCUCCUCCGGUACAGCAGCAGGUCUAUGUUCAAAGUCUUCAGCACCCACUGCCACCUCAGGGAAUGAUUCAUCAGGGCCAGGGGCUGGGUUUCACACCACCCAUGGGUGGUCAGCUUCCUCCCCCGUUAGGCAAUCUGGGAAUGGGCAUUACUCAGCAAUAUCCCCAGCAGCAGGGAGGGAAGUUUGGUGCUCCUCGCAAAACCACCCCUGUCAAGAUUACACAUCCUGAGACACAUGAAGAGCUGAGACUUGAUAAGCGAACAGAUAUGUAUUCAGAUGCUGGGUCAUCAGGUCUGAGGUCACAUCCAAAUUUGCCUUCUCAAUCCCAGCCAAUUUCAUCAUUUCCAAUCAACUAUUAUCCCAAUUCUGUGUUUUAUCCAACAUCAAGUUCUCUACCAAUGUCAAGUAACCAGAUGACCCCCAAUGCUCAAGGGUCAAGAUUUAAUUAUCCUGUUAGCCAGGGUCCUCAAAAUAUUCCUUUCAUGAAUUCGGCUGCUGGUCACAAUUCCUUCCCUGUUAAUAAACCAAUAAAUCCCAUGCAUGGUGUCCUAGAACCACGAAAUUUGGAACAUGCACGGGAUGCACAUAAUAUAACCUCUAUUCCUCCAGGGACAACACAGGUCACUGUUAAGCCAGCUACUGGCACUGUUGGAGAGAAGAUUGGUGAUUCCUCAUCGCCAAGUAACUCUCCUGCUGCCGAAAAGCUUGCCUCACCUAAACCUUCUGGGGAAUCUAACUCAGCUCAUUCUCGAAAGGACUUGGAAGCUAGCUCAGAAAGCUCUAUUCAGCAGCCAAAGUCUGGCAGUGAUUCUUUAACAUCAAAGUCAUUGCCUUUAGUAAUGAAGCAAUCUGUGAUGAUUCCAGCUGCUGUCUCUGAUGAAAGCCUUAAAUCCAGUCUUUUGCCUUCUACAUCACCCACUACCUCUGAGGAGUCAAUGCCAGUAAUGGUGAAUCAUGAAGUAAGAAGAAAAGAGCAGCCUUUGAAUAGGUCAAACUCCAUGAAAGAGCAUCAGAAGAAACCUAGCAAGAAAGGACACAACCAGCCACAAAAUCAGGUUAGUGGACAAUCUACCUCAACACCACAUUUGGCUUUGAGCAUUUCUUCAGAACACACUACUUCCUCAGGUGGUGCGGUUUCUGAAACUAUAGAUGGCAAAGCAGCUGUAACAUCAUUAACAGCUGGUGAACUGUUGUCAAAAUCUGCUCGAGAAUCAUUCUCAACUGUUGACGCACCAACUUCUGUUGCCUCUGAAUCAAAGCAUUAUAGUAAUAGUGAAGGCAUAACUUCUUGUCCAUCUGAAGUUUCUACUGCUGGACUUGUUGAUAUGUCAGACACCGCUCGGCUUUCUGAGGUAGAUGAUUAUUCUGUACAGGAUCAAAAACUAAAAACUGAAAGUUGUGGAACUAAGGAAGGAAAAAACAAAUUGCCUGAAAGGCCCAUUCAGGAUAAUGCAAGACAGAAUCCUUCUCAACAUAUCACCUUAAGAUCUCUGGAGCUCAUUAAUGAAACCAGCCAGGAAUCUUCUUUGAAGGAAACAAUUUAUGGCAAUGAGAUUCCAAGCUCUGGAGCUGCACAGGAUGGACCAGAUGAAAGUGUGAGUAGUUGCAUGGAAAAUGAGAGAGCUGCUGGUGAUAUCAGUGUGUCUACCUCAAGGAUUUCUAGUUCUGCUUCAGAUGAUGUGGUUGGCCAUGCUGAUUCAGACAUUUCUUCAAGUUCUGGAGGUAACAAUGGGGUAACCAUUACAAAAUCCAGUUUAUCAGAUCAGCAGUUGGUUGCCAUCCCCAUUACUGAUAUUUCUGAAACAAAUUCAAAGAAUGAAGGGGAAGCUUAUUCACCAUCUGGCUUGAAGGACAAACCUACUGUAGAGCUGAGUCGGAUGAAGAGCAUUACUAAGUUGAGGAGAAAGAGAAAAGAGAUGCUGAAGAAUGCUGAUGCUCAAGGGACAAGUUCUGAUCUUUAUAUGGCAUAUAAGGGUCCUGAGGAAAAAAAAGAAUUGGUUGCAGCAGCUGAAAGUGCAGAAAGCAAUUGUGCUGUUCUGAAGCAAGCAUCUCCUGAUGUUGUUGAUGUGGAGGGUGUAGAAAAUGAGAAAGUUGGACUCAACAAGACUGAACCAGAUGAUUGGGAAGAUGCUGCUGACAUCUCUACCCCAAAGUUAGAAGCUUCUGAUAAUGGGGAACUGUCUGGUGGAUCAUUAGUGAAUCCUGAUGAUAAAGAUGGAAAUGGGAAUUUGGCAAAGAAGUAUUCCAGAGAUUUCCUACUCAAAUUUGCAGACCAGUGUGUUGAUCUUCCAGAGGGGUUUGAAAUUACCUCUGAUAUUGCAGACUUCUUGAUGAGCACUAAUGUCAAUACUUCACACCAUGUUGAUCGUGAUUCAUAUCCUAGUCCUGGAAGAGUACUUGAUAGGCAAAGCAGUGGAUCUCGAAUGGAUCGCCGUGGUGUGGUUGAUGAUGAUAGGUGGAGUAAAGUAUCUGGGGCUUUUGGUCUUGGAAGGGAAUUGCGCCUUGAUGUUCCUUAUGGUAGUAAUGCAGGUUUUCGACCUGGCCAAGGAGGCAAUUAUGGAGUUCUAAAGCCCCCACGUGUACAGACACCCAUAGGGAUCCUGACAAUGCAACCCAUUGGUUCGCAGGGGAUGAUGCAAAGAAAUAGCACUGAUGCUGAUAGGUGGCACCGUGCUGCCAAUUAUCAGCAAAAGGGUUUAAUUCCUUCUCCACAGACACCACUGCAGAUGAUGCACAAGGCUGAAAAGAAGUAUGAAGUGGGUAAAGUGACAGAUGAGGAGGAGGCAAAGCAAAGGCAAUUAAAAGGAAUUUUGAACAAACUGACUCCUCAAAACUUUGAUAAACUCUUUGAACAAGUGAAAGCUGUGAACAUUGACAAUGCCAGCACCCUCACUGGUGUCAUCUCCCAGAUCUUUGACAAAGCUCUGACGGAGCCUACUUUUUGUGAAAUGUAUGCAAACUUUUGUCAUCAUCUUGCUGGAGCAUUGCCUGAUUUUAGUGAAGACAAUGAGAAGAUAACUUUCAAGAGAUUGCUGCUUAACAAGUGUCAGGAGGAAUUUGAGAGAGGGGAGAGGGAACAAGAGGAAGCAAAUAAAGUUGAAGAGGGUGAAGCCAAACAGUCUGAGGAGGAAAGAGAGGAGAAGAGAAUCAAGGCAAGGAGACGUAUGUUGGGUAACAUUAGACUCAUUGGGGAAUUGUACAAGAAGAAAAUGUUGACUGAAAGAAUUAUGCAUGAAUGCAUCACAAAGUUACUAGGUCAGUCUCAGAAUCCUGAUGAGGAAGAUGUUGAGGCUUUGUGCAAAUUGAUGAGCACAAUUGGAGAGAUUAUUGACCAUCCCAAAGCCAAGGUGCAUAUGGAUGCAUAUUUUGACUUGAUGACAAAGUUAUCAAACAAUAUGAAGCUAUCUUCUAGAGUUAGGUUCAUGUUGAAGGAUGCAAUUGAUCUGAGAAAGAACAAAUGGCAGCAAAGGAGGAAAGUUGAGGGGCCAAAGAAGAUUGAGGAAGUGCAUAGAGAUGCUGCUCAAGAACGACAGGCCCAAGGUGGUAGGCUUGGUCGUGGCUCAGGAAUCAAUUCUGCGGCAAGAAGGGUACCCAUGGAUUUUGGUCCAAGAGGGUCCGCUAUGUUAUCUUCCCCUGGUGCACAGAUGGGUAGUUUUCGUGGAUUGCCCUCCCAGGCUCGUGGUUUUGGGGGUCAGGAUGUUCGCAUAGACGAUAGACAGUCUUUUGAGGCUAGGACUUUGUCAGUCCCCUUGUCUCAAAGACUAAAUACUGACGAUUCAAUCACUUUAGGACCCCAAGGUGGCCUUGCCAGGUCCUUUAGAGGGCCAAGCAAUCCCAUAUCUGAUAUUUCUGCCUCUCCUGGAGACUCAAGAAGAGCAUCAGCUGGUCUGAAUGGGUUUAAUUCUGCAUCAGAGCGGACAACUUUUGGCUCUAGGGAGGAUCUUGUUCCAAGAUUUACCCUGGAUAGAUAUCCAGGGCCAGCUGCUUAUGAUCAAUUGAGUUCCCAAGAGCGCAAUAUGAGUUAUGGUAAUAGAGACCCCAGGAAUCCAGAUCGUAAUUUUGAUAGACCUCCUGUGGCUUCACCAUCUGCACGAGUCCAAGCACCGGGUUUGUCUCAAAAUAUCCCUCAAGAAAAAGUGUCGUCUGAAGAACACCUCCGGGAUAUGUCCAUAGCAGCAAUUAAAGAGUUUUACAGUGCAAGAGAUGAGAAAGAAGUAGCACUCUGCAUCAAAGAUUUGAAUUCUCCUAGUUUCCACCCAUCAAUGAUUGCACUUUGGGUAUCCGACUCUUUUGAGAGGAAGGACCUGGAAAGGGAUCUGUUAGCAAAGCUGCUUGUCAAUCUUACAAAGCCUCGAGAUGGCACGUUGAACCAAGGCCAGCUCAUUGCAGGGUUUGAAUCUGUUCUGAGUACAUUGGAGGACGCUGUUAAUGAUGCACCUAAAGCUGCUGAAUUUCUUGGUCUUAUCCUGGCCAAAGUAAUUAUGGGUGAUGUUUUAUCCUUGGGGGAGAUUGACCAGCUAUUACGUAAUGGAGAGGCAGCAGGCCGUCUUCUAGAGGUUGGUCUUGCUGGUGAAGUUCUUGUAAGCACCGUGGCAAUGAUUAAAAAGGAGAAAGGAGAAACGGUGUUAAAGGAGUCUCUUAAAAGCUCCAAUUUGCGUUUGGAGUCUUUUCGGCCUCCAGAUCCUGACAGGUCAAGGAAAUUGGAACUACUAAUUAGGGAGGUAGGGAUGCACUGAUGCUACAACAUCAUCUUGGGGUUCUCCUUCUAAUGUUUUAAAUACUAUUAUUUAUUGAAAAUAUUUACUGCAAAUUAAGCAAGGUUCAAAUUGUUCGCCGGCCGUAGUGGCUAAGAGAGAAUGCUUUUUUUUUUUUUUACGGCCUUUCAGAAUCUUGAUUGUGCCCUUCGGCCCCGUAUAGUUAGCCGAUAUAUGUAAAAACUGUUUGUGGAUUGGUCUCUUUAAUGUCUAUU